AUGCCUGGUGUCAUACCUAGUGAAAGUAAUGGGCUUUCAAGAGGUAGUCCAUCCAAAAAAAACAGACUUUCCUUGAAGUUUUUUCAGAAAAAGGAAACCAAGAGAGCCUUGGAUUUCACAGAUUCUCAAGAAAAUGAAGAAAAGACUUCUGAAUAUAAAGGGUCUGAAAUUGAUCAAGUUGUUCCUGCGGCACAGUCCUCGCCUAUAAACUGUGAGAAGAGAGAGAACUUGCUACCGUUUGUGGGACUGAAUAACCUCGGCAAUACUUGUUAUCUUAAUAGUAUACUUCAGGUAUUAUAUUUUUGUCCUGGUUUUAAAUCUGGAGUGAAGCACUUAUUUAAUAUUAUUUCAAGGAAGAAAGAAGCCCUAAAAGAUGAAGCCAAUCAAAAAGAUAAGGGAAACUGCAAAGAAGAUUCUUUGGCAAGUUAUGAACUAAUAUGCAGCUUACAGUCCUUGAUCAUUUCAGUUGAACAGCUUCAGGCUAGUUUUCUAUUAAAUCCAGAGAAAUACACUGAUGAACUUGCUACUCAGCCAAGGCGACUACUUAACACACUCAGGGAACUGAACCCUAUGUAUGAAGGAUAUCUACAGCAUGAUGCACAGGAAGUAUUACAGUGUAUUUUGGGAAACAUUCAAGAAACAUGCCAACUCCUAAAAAAAGAAGAAGUAAAAAAUGUGGAAGACUUACCUACUAAGGUAGAAGAAGAAUAUCAGAAAGAGGAAAUGAGUGAUAAUAAUAGCAUGGAGAUGGACAAUAUGAAGCAUUCUGAAGACUAUAAAGAAAAACUCCCAAAAGGAAAUGGGAAGAGAAAAAGUGAUGCUGAAUUUGGUAACAUGAAAAAAAAAGUUAAAAUCUCCAAGGAACACCAAUCUUUGGAAGAAAACCAGAGACAAACCAGAUCAAAAAGAAAAGCUGCAGGUGAUACAUUAGAGAUUCCUCCUAAGAUAAUCCCCAAGCACAUUUCUGAAAAUGAGAAUGCAAGACCCUCCCAAAGGAAAUCAAAAGUUAAAAUAAAUUGGUUAAAGUCUGCAGCUAAGCAACCCAGCAUUCUUUCCAAGUUCUGUAGUAUGGGUAAAAUAGCAACAAACCAAGGAUCCAAAGGACACUGUAAAGAAAAUGAAUAUGAUCUUGAAGAGGACUUGGGGAAGUAUGAAAAUGAUAAUACAACUAAUGAUUGUGAACUUGAGUCUCCAGAGAAUAAUGAUAUGCCCAUUAAUGAAGUUAAGCCCAUAAACAAAGGUGCAGAGCAAAUUGGUUUUGAGCUAGUGGAGAAAUUAUUUCAAGGUCAGCUGGUAUUACGGACUCGUUGCUUAGAAUGUGAAAGUUUAACAGAAAGAAGAGAAGAUUUUCAAGACAUCAGUGUACCAGUGCAAGAAGAUGAGCUUUCCAAAGCAGAGGAGAAUUCUGAAAUUUCUCCAGAGCCAAAAACAGAAAUGAAGACCCUGAGAUGGGCAAUUUCACAAUUUGCUUCAGUGGAAAGGAUUGUAGGAGAAGAUAAAUAUUUCUGUGAAAACUGCCAUCAUUAUACUGAAGCGGAACGAAGUCUUUUGUUUGACAAAAUGCCUGAAGUUAUAACUAUUCAUUUGAAGUGCUUUGCUGCUAGUGGCUUGGAGUUUGACUGUUAUGGUGGUGGACUUUCCAAGAUCAACACUCCUUUACUGACACCUCUUAAAUUGUCACUAGAAGAAUGGAGCACAAAGCCAACCAACGACAGCUAUGGAUUAUUUGCAGUUGUGAUGCAUAGUGGCAUUACAAUUAGUAGUGGGCACUAUACUGCUUCUGUUAAAGUCACUGACCUUAACAGUUUAGAACUAGAUAAGGAAAAUUUUGUGAUCGACCAAAUGUGUGAAAUAGGUAAGCCAGAACCAUUGAAUGAGGAGGAAGUAAGGGGUGUGGUUGAAAAUUAUGACAAUGAAGAAGUGUCUAUUAGAGUCAGUGGAAAUAACCAGCCAAGUAAAGUUUUGAACAAAAAAAAUGUAGAAGCUGUUGGACUUCUUGGAGGACAAAAGAGCAAGGCAGAUUAUGAGUUAUACAACAAAGCCUCUAAUCCUGAUAAAGUUGCCAGUACAGCACUUCCUGAAAAUAGAAAUUCUGAGACUAACAAUACUAAUGGGACCCAUGAAUCUGAUAGUAACAAGGAAUCCAGUGACCAAACAGGCAUUAACAUUAGUGGUUUUGAGAACAAAAUUUCAUAUGUAGUGCAAAGCUUAAAGGAGUAUGAGGGGAAAUGGUUACUUUUUGAUGAUUCUGAAGUGAAAGUUACUGAAGAGAAGGACUUUUUGAAUUCUCUUUCCCCUUCUACAUCUCCUACAUCUACUCCUUACUUGCUAUUUUAUAAGAAAUUAUAGAGUGAUUGUAUUUCCCUUGUGUAUAUAUUAAAUAGACAUGGAUAA